AUGGAAGCCACGCAGGAAUCAACACAACCAUGCGCGGAUCCUCGCAGAAUGGGCCUCGACAAUUCCGGGCUUCAUGAGCAGGAUUUGGCCGACAUCAUAUGCAUCCUUCACCCAAACUCUCACGCAGCACAUGAUGCGGUAGCAGCGACUGCCACUAGGGGCACCCAGCAUAUUCUCCAGCAGGAUGUACUGGAUUACGAGCAGUCCGAGACAGCGGCCCUUGACAUUGCUCUAAGGUUGUCCUCGCAGGUUUGUGACCUAGGUGUCGGCUUUUGCUUUGGUCGCAACCCUACCCGAUGCGAUGUUCUCCUCGCUGUGAAUGAUCAAGCCAAGCGAGUCUCCAACACGCAUUUUCGGAUCUAUCUCACGGGAGAUGGUAUCAUCAUGUUACAGGAUACCUCGACCAACGGCACGAUUGUAGACAACUGUCGUCUUCGAAAAAACCAAAAAGAAAACAGCAGAAUGCUCACCAAUGGCUCCGUGAUUCAAGUGGUGGCCGGUGAUCAGGGGUCUGACGAAGUUCGCUUCGUGGUUCGAAUUCCGUCACGAGAAGGGUUCGCCCUGCAGUAUACCCAGAACAUCCUCCGUUACUUUGAACGCGUGCAGAAGGCGGCAGGUGCCUUACAGCUGAAAAAUCGCAAUGCUCCAACUACUUCUUCCUUGUCAUGGUCCGUCGCCAACACCUACGGUAUGCAUUGGACUGGAGGCUCCGUCUAUAACGUGACUGGUCAAAUCGGGAAGGGUGCUUUUGCCACAGUCUACAAACUGGCUACCAAACAGCAUGGAGCCAUCUACGCGGCGAAGGAGUUGGACAAACGGCGCUUCAUGAAGAACGGAAUUUUGGACCAGAAGGUCGAUAAUGAGAUGAAAAUCAUGCGAGACUUGCAACACCCUAAUAUUGUACAAUACAUCGAUCAUCACGAGUACGAUCGCUGGAUUUACAUCAUCAUGGAAUACGUUCCAGGUGGUGAACUGUCCACAUACCUUUCGAGUCAUGGCAAGAUCGCAGAGGACAUGGUGAGAACGAUCGCCCGCCAACUGCUACGAGCUCUGCAUUAUCUUCACAAGCGGCGCAUCACCCACCGUGACAUCAAACCGGACAAUAUUUUGAUCGCGUCUCUGGAUCCGCUCCGAGUCAAACUUUCCGACUUCGGCUUGUCCAAGGUUACGCAAGAGGAGACCUUCUUGAAAACUUUCUGCGGAACCCUUCUGUAUUGUGCGCCAGAGGUGUAUCCCGACUACGAGACAUACCGUCGAGGCGAAUUCCGCAAGAGACGCCGUCUUGGUGACCCACCUCCAAAGACAUCUCCGUACAGUCAGUCCGUGGACAUGUGGUCUCUCGGUGCGGUGCUCUAUCACAUACUCUGUGGAGUUCCCCCCUACUCUGGACGUGCAGAAGAUCGGGGUGUGGCCAUGCUCCGUAGUAUCAUGGAGUCGGAGGCUGAUUUUGACGUCUUGCGGCGUGAGGGCGUGUCAGAAACUGGCGUGGACUUUGUGGCUCGACUGUUGAAUCGCGAUCCUUUCUCUCGGCCCACAGAGAAACAAUGUUUCCAACACCCUUGGAUUGCCGAUGUUCCUGACGUCGAUGAGUACGAAGAGGACGACAUAUUGACUGAUGUGCGCGACGCACUUUCGGUGAUAGGAGAAGCCGAGGAGGAGCUUGAUGCGUCACAGCUGUCGAUCCACGAAGAGGCGGAGUACACCCUUUCUGCGGGCGAAGAAGAAAGUGAGAGCAGUGAAGCUCUUGCCAAAAAACCGCGCAUCGAAUACAUUGCCCAGGACAUUCGAUACCCAUCCCUUCCGAAGAUUGAAAGCUUCCAGGAUGGUCAGAUAGUUGCCGAGACCCAUGCCAGACGGCUCUUCGGCGAGGUCACUUCAUCCGCCUUGCGAAGUUCUUACUGUCUGGGACACACAGGGUCGUUGGAGGAAGAAAAUGACUAUGACCACGAGGAGUUCUUAUCCUCAGGCGAAUCCGUGAGUGACGAACGUAGCGUCUACUCGAUCAUAUCUCUUCCCGAGCAUCCAGUCGGAGGAGUUGCGCCGAGCCUCAUGGGCGCAGAGGGUCUCGUCGGACGGCUGAACAUGAAUUCGUCGCACCCUGCUUACCCUGCUCAAAUGACGCCGUUUGUGCAUAUUGGUUCACGACAGACCAGUCCCGGCCUCUUCCCAACCAACGUGUCUACCGACUUGGCGAUCGGCCGAGACACCCCGCGUGUAGGGGCUCCGCUAUCUUCCAGUGCCAGUGAAAUCACUCCAAAGGCGCCAAAAGUCUCGCGUCGGAUUGACCUUGAACUGCCCGAGACCGCUAGCGAGCGUUCAGACAGUAGUGCGCCUGUGAGUCGCGCUCAAUCUGCGAAUCCCCCAGAGGCACAGGCACAGGCGGAUUACGAUGUGAAUUUGGCGACCACUUUGGAUGCGCAGACGGGUCAAGUUAUUUUGGACCACAUGCGGUCUGCAGAUGAAGAACCGUCAGAACCCGUUGUUCACAAACAGCCUGACGGUCCUGGACUUGCUCUCAGCAUGCCGGCUACGGAGUUCGCCAAGCCUCCCAAGUUGCUGGGCCGGUUGAAGAGCCUGCCAGGGUCGAUGCUCGAUCUCAAAAUCCGCCUAGAAGACCGGAUGACUUCGUGGGGUCGGGGCCCCAAUGCUACGAUCCGCCAUCCUGACAAUUUGGACGUGCGUAUUCCAGCCUACGCUCUGGAAAUCACCUUUUGGGCCCCCGGUCUUGAACGGCGCAUUGCGGAGGGUCAAGAUUGGACGCAAGUUCCCGGUGUGAUGGCCGUCCUCUCCACCAAAACCAGCAAGUGUAUCUGGGUCAACGAUGUCCCCUUGCGCAAGGGAGGCCCCGAUGGUCUGCAAUUCGGUAAACUCUAUACAGGUGAUAUCAUCACUAUUUACAAGCACCGAGACAAUGGAGAGUUCUUGCAGUUGAAAUGUGAAUUCUACCACGGAGAGAGCGCCCAGCCUCGACCGGAGGGCGAGACUGGUUUCGUGGUGCGCCAAGCUCUCGUGAGCAAGUCCGACAGCUCAAACCGCCAGCCUGUCCGAUCACAGCGUUUAAAGACGGCUGUCUGA